CCCCGGGCUUUUUGGGUGGGGGAGGGGGCGCGUCUCGGCGAGUCACGGUGAUGGCGGUCACCAUCCUGUAGUGAGCUAGCGGAUUCCCUACCACGGCUCCGCGCGCUUCUUGCAUACCCAGUGCCUGACGCCGGACGGGGUCAGACUCGCGUGGAAGGCCGCAGUCGCGGAGGCAGCGGCGCGGCCCAGGGCCAGGGCCGGCGGAGAGGCCGCUCCGCAGGGCGAAUGUGACAAGCCCCCACCCCCACCGCCUUCCUCGAGUCCGAGAGGAGCCCCGGCGACCCCGGGCCCGGCCAGGCCACAGACCCCGCCCAGCGGCCAGCACCCGGAACGAGCCUGGCAGUGGAGCUGAGCGGUGGCACCAUGCAGGUCACCCUGAAGACCCUCCAGCAGCAGACCUUCAAGAUCGAUAUCGACCCCGAGGAGACGGUGAAAGCACUGAAGGAGAAGAUUGAAUCUGAAAAAGGGAAAGAUGCCUUCCCAGUAGCAGGCCAAAAGUUAAUUUAUGCAGGCAAAAUCCUCAAUGAUGACACUGCUCUCAAAGAAUAUAAAAUAGAUGAGAAAAAUUUUGUGGUGGUUAUGGUCACAAAACCCAAAGCAGUGACAACACCAGCACCAGCUACAACUCAGCAGUCAAAUUCUGCCACCACUACUACAGUUAGUUCCUCUACAGCAGCUGUGGCCCAAUCCCCAGCCCCUACCCCUGCUUUGGCUCCCACUCCCACACCUACUCCAUCUGUCAUUCCGGCAUCAACAACAUCAUCUUCUGACUCUGCACCUACGGGUGCAGCUAAGCAAGAGAAACCUGCAGAGAAGCCGACAGAAACACCAGUGGCCACUAGUCCAUCAUCAAGUGACAGUACAUCAGGAGAUUCUUCUCGGUCAAACCUUUUUGAAGAUGCAACAAGUGCUCUUGUGACAGGUCAGUCCUAUGAGAAUAUGGUAACUGAAAUCAUGUCAAUGGGCUAUGAACGAGAGCAAGUAAUUGCAGCCCUAAGAGCCAGUUUCAACAACCCUGACAGAGCAGUGGAAUAUCUUUUAAUGGGAAUACCUGGAGAUAGAGAAAGUCAAGCUGUGGUUGAUCCCCCUCAAGCAGCUAGUACGGGAGCACCUCCAUCUUCAGCAGUGGCUACAGCUGCAGCAACUACAACAGCCACAACUACAACAACUAGUUCUGGAGGACAUCCGCUUGAAUUUUUACGGAAUCAGCCUCAGUUCCAACAGAUGAGACAAAUUAUUCAGCAGAAUCCCUCCCUGCUUCCAGCAUUGCUACAACAGAUAGGCCGAGAGAAUCCUCAGUUACUACAGCAAAUUAGCCAACACCAGGAGCAUUUUAUUCAGAUGUUAAAUGAACCAGUACAAGAAGCUGGUGGUCAAGGAGGAGGGGGUGGAGGCGGCAGCGGUGGAAUUGCAGAAGCUGGAAGUGGUCAUAUGAACUACAUUCAAGUAACACCUCAGGAAAAAGAAGCUAUAGAAAGGUUAAAGGCAUUAGGAUUUCCUGAAGGACUUGUGAUACAGGCAUACUUUGCUUGUGAGAAGAAUGAGAAUUUGGCUGCCAAUUUUCUUCUACAGCAAAACUUUGAUGAAGAUUGAAAGGGACUUUUUUAAAUCUCACACUUCACACCAGUGCAUUACACUAACUUUGUUCACUGGAUUGUCUGGGAUGAUUUUGGGCUCAUAUCCACAAUACUUGGUAUAAGGUAGUAGAUGGUUGGGGGCGGGGAGGGAGGGAUAUAGGAUAUAGGACAGGGAUAAAUACAGUGCAUGUCUGCUUAAAUUAGCAGAUGCCGCAAAUCCACAGUGUGUAAAAUAUUAUACAACCAAAAAUCAGCUUUUGCAGGUCUUUAUUUCUUCUAUAAAACAGUAGAUAAUUUUUCCUAGGUUUCACUCUUAGUGUACUAGAUCCAGAAAUUUAGUGUAAUGCCCUGCUUUGUAUUUCUUUGAUUUAACUUUGGUUUUGAAAAGAAUCUUUGCUACCUAGAAUCUACAGUCUAUUUCAUGGCAACACUGGAUAAUGGCUUUAUGAAAUUGAAAAAAAAUUGGAGCAACAUAUAAACAGAAAAGCCAAAUUUAUUGAUGGUUAUUGUUGCUGCUUCAAAUAAGUAUAAAAUUACUAUGUAAGGAAACCCAUUCUUUCAUGUUAAAUAUUUGCAAGGAUGGUGGGGUGGGGGGGAGAGAAAGGGAACCUUUUCUUAAAAUGAAAAUAAUUACUGCUAUUUUAAAAUCUCUUGAUCAUUGAUUGUGAGACCCUUCUAAAUUUGAGAAGCUGUUCAAGUAUAUAUAGGCAGAGUUAUUUUUCUGUUUACAUUUUUUCUUUGUUUGUUUUAGGGGGAAAUUGAUAGGUGUCUGAUUACUGUUUACUUCAUUGUUACAUUGUAGUAAAAGUUUUAAAACAA